UCACGUGACUUACUGAAAGCAAAAGCAGCGCCGACACGAGGUUUUUGUCUAUGGGCUUGAUGGAUGCGCCGACGCAUCGGUGUUGCCGGACCCAUCACUACGUGUAAAUGAAUGACACUUACUGGGAAAAAAAGAAUAUUGGGGUUGUGCCAGCAGUCAUUGUAUAAAGACGAGCUACAGCCUGAAGUUGUCACUUGAGAUGUUUUCACACCAGAGAGGCACUUACACAAGGUUUGAUUUUUGCAAAAUGGCAGGUAAAAUCAUACUUCUUGUGCUGCUUCUGUCAGCUAUAGGAAAAGCAGCAGGUCCUUCAGAUCUGCUGCUGGGUGAUGACUGUGACUUCUCUGAAUUAGGUUCUUCAGAAAUGCUACUGGUGGAUAACUAUCCAUCCUCUGGAUCAGCUGGAGUGACAACUCAGGAUCAAGGACCCCUCUACCCAGUUGGUGGAACAAUGAGAUCUGGAACAGAUGAUGAGAGCUCACCUCCCAUUAAACUCCUACAAACCUUUAACUAUUUUGGGCAGUCUUACUCUCAGAUUUACGUGAACGACAACAGACAUCUGACCUUUGAUGCACCAUUGUCAAAUUAUACUCCUCAACAAUUUCCGAUGAAUGGAACCAGAGACAUCAUUGCUCCGUUCUGGGCUGAUUUAGACAACAGAGACAAUGGUAAUAUCUACUAUGUUCAGAACACCAGCGGCUCUCUUGUCCAACAAGUUACACAGGACAUCAAUAGAUACUUCCCAGGUCUUAACUUUCAGGCCAACUGGAUCUUCAUAGCAACAUGGCAUGAAGUUGCCUAUUAUCCAAAAAGUGGGACACAAACAACCCUUCAGGCAGUCUUGACUACCAAUGGCCAUUAUUCAUUUGUACUGAUGAAUUAUGGGUCAAUAGCCUCCACAUCAAAGUCUGUACAGGGUGGAUAUGACACAAUCAGUUCCUCUCACCACUUCACCAUCCCUGGAUCAUUCUCCACAAACGCAACUGGACCUAACUCAACUUUUCGUCUUGGCAGUAAUGUCAAUGUACCUGGUCAAUGGGCCUUCCGUGUCGAUCAUGGAUCAAUAGACUGCAAUUUCAGUGGUCAACCUGUUCAACUUGGUGACUCUUUCUGGAGUGACAGCACCUGUGCACAGAAAUGCAUCUGCACCACAGCAGGGCUGCAAUGCUCCAACAAUCCCUGCUCCUUCUCCCAAAUCUGUCGGCCAGCUGCCUUUCAGUACUCCUGUCAGACAGUGCAAAGACAAACCUGCACCGUCAGUGGAGAUCCACAUUACUACACCUUCGAUAACUCAGUGUUUCACUUUCAAGGCACAUGCACUUACGUUCUGUCAGAGCAGAGUCAGAACGGACUGCCCUACUACAGAGUGGAGGGGAAGAACGGGCAUCAGGGCAGCACUCGUGUUUCAUGGACAGUACUGGUCAAAGUCUUUGUUUAUGAUGAAAAUAUCGAGCUGGUUAAAGGACAUCAAAGUCAGGCCAAGGUCAAUGGAAGCUUUGUAUCAACUCCGUUUUUCCUCAGAAACGGCUCUAUCCAGGUUUAUCAGUCAGGUUUCUCUGUGAUCAUCAGCACUGACUUUGGCCUGAUGGUGUCUUAUGACAGGUUUUUAUAUGUCCGAAUCAGUUUGCCCUACACUUACCAAAAUAGCACAUGUGGGCUCUGUGGAAACUUCAACAAUAACCCUGGAGAUGACUUUCGAACCCGUCAGGGUGAAGUGGUGAGCUCUGAUGUGGUUUUUGCCAACAGCUGGAAAAUAUCUGGAGAUGAUGAGCCUGGCUGUGAUCCUCAUUGUUCAGGUCUGGCCUGUGCUGGCUGCACAGCAGCUCAGACAGCACUGUACAGAAACUCUGCCCACUGUGGUAUUCUUGAGAACAGCACUGGACCGUUUGCUGCAUGCCAUCAACAACUUCCUCCUAGAUCUUUUGUGGACAGCUGUGUGUAUGAUCUCUGUGUCAGUGGAGGGUAUCAACCCAUUCUAUGCCAAGCCCUAAUUGUCUACUCAAGCCAGUGUCAACAAAAUGGGAUCCAGCCACAAAGCUGGCGGAGUUCUGGCUUCUGUGAAAUCCCCUGCCCAGCCAAUAGCCACUUUGAGGCCCAGGGUACAGGAUGUCCAUCUACAUGUGUCAACCCCAAUUCCACCAACAACUGCCCCCUCCCAAACCAAGAGAGCUGUAUCUGCAAUUCUGGCUACCUCCUGAGUGGAGGGGUCUGUGUCCCUCAUUCUGACUGUGGCUGCAGCUUUGAGGGUCACUACUACCGCUCAGGAGAAACUGUCAUACUGGAUGCAGACUGUAGGAGGCGCUGUACAUGCAGCUAUGGCUCCAUGACUUGCAGCUCUCACAGCUGUGGCCAACAUGAGUCCUGCAGGGUGGAGGAUGGAGUAAGAGGGUGCAGACCAAACAGCUUUGCAACAUGUUGGAUAAGAGGACCAGGAUCAUAUCAUACAUUUGAUGGAGUGAUGUACCAGUACCCAGGAGCAUGUCGCCUGACCCUUGCCAAAGUUAUGGGAUCAUCUGAUCACUCGCACUUCUUGGUCACUGUGGAAAAAGUUCCACAGGGGUCUCAGGGUUUCUCCAAUGUCCUAAAGUUUGAGGCAGAGGGAACACAAGUUGCUAUCGAGAUGGCAAGUAGUAGCACUGUUAAGGUUGAUGGCCAACUGACCAGACUGCCAUUCAGCUCUGGAUCCAACAGAAUCCGCAUCUUCCAAAGCAGCACUCACAGUGUCAUCCUUCGCACAGCCUUUGGUGUAACUCUGCAGACUGUUUGGCCUCAUUUUGUGCGUGUCACUGCACCAGGUGUCUACAGUGGUUUAUUAGGUGGACUUUGUGGAAAUUACAAUGCUGACCAGAAUGACGACUUCCGUACACCCAAUGGUACUCUAGUCAGUGACUCCCAGAUGUUUGGGGACAGUUGGCGAGAUGGCUCCCUGGCAGAUCACUGUGUGGAAAACAGACCUCGUAAUUCUGUAACCAAUUUCAGUUCCAGUGAGUACUGUGGAGUUCUUACUUCACACAUUGGACCAUUUAGAUCAUGCUGGGCUGCAGUGAACCCAUGGCAGCAGGUAAAUGCAUGUGUAGAAAUCCUCCAAGGCUCCAGAGAUCCAGCAUCAACGCUGUGUGAGGUCCUCCGAGAUUAUGCACUGAUGUGUCAACAUAACGGUGUGUCCCUGGGACAGUGGAGGAAUGCAGCUGGCUGUGAACUAACCUGUCCACCAAACAGUCAUUAUGAACUCUGUGGAAGUUCAUGUCCAUCUUCCUGCCCCAGCCUCUCCUUCCCCUUCACCUGUGACACUCAGUGCCAGGAGGGGUGCCAGUGUAAUGAUGGGUUUGUCCUCAAUGGUAACCAGUGUGUGCCUCCAACAUCCUGUGGAUGCUUUCAUGAUGGACGUUAUCGACAAGCUGGAGAACAGUUCUGGUAUGGUGAAGAAUGUCAGAGCUUUUGCACCUGUAAUGGUGUAACUGGUGUAGUCCAAUGUUCCCCAAAUUCAUGCGGACCUCAGGAGUCCUGCCAUGUUGUGGGGGGUGAGUUUGGCUGCCAUCCCAACCCUCAUGGCACCUGUUCUGCCUCUGGAGACCCUCACUACCUGACCUUUGAUGGCAAGGCCUAUGACUUCCAGGGAACCUGCCGCUAUGUUCUGGCAGCAGUUUGCAAUAACACUGUGGACCUUCACCAGUUUUCUGUGAAAGCAAAGAAUGAACCGUGGUUUGGACUGCCAGUUUCUAUCACGGCUGAAGUUCUUGUUGAUGUUUUAGGCUAUCAAGUGCGUAUGUCGAGAGGCAACAAGGGUACUGUGGAGGUGAAUGGAAUCACAAGAAAACUGCCAAUUGGCUUCAAUGGAAGCUUGUCAGUUUAUGGGAGUGGAUCUCAAACAGUUGUCAAAGCAAAGUUUGGACUGAACGUCAUGUAUGAUGAAAGAAGCACAGUGUCCAUUUCUGUCCCCCCAAGCUACAGAGGAAACAUGUGUGGACUUUGUGGAAACUUCAAUGGAAAUCCAAAUGAUGAUUUCCACACUCCAAGUGGAGCAUCAUCCAACUCAGCAGAUGCUUUUGGGGCAGCUUGGAAGGUUCCUGGGAACUACACCUGUAGUGACGGCUGUGGCUCUUCAUGCACACAAUGCAAUGAUGACCGACCUGCCAGGGCCCAGUGUGAGGUGAUCCGGGCAGCUGACGGCCCAUUCAGCUUCUGCCACGAGGAGGUGGAUCCAGCACCAUAUUUCAGAGACUGCGCCUUUGAUGUCUGCGUGUCGGGAAAUCGAGGCAGUGAUCUCCUGUGCCGGGCUCUAGAGACAUACGUCAGUGCCUGUCAGUCUGCUAAUGUCCGAAUCUACCCUUGGAGACAAAACACCACUUGCAGAAUUGAGUGCCCAGCCAACAGCCAUUAUGAGCUGUGUGGAACAGACUGUGGCAACACCUGUGCCAGCAGCAUUGAUGCUGCCUGUGACCAUGUUUGCUCUGAGGGAUGUUUUUGUAAUGAAGGGUUUUCCAGGAGUGGAACAAGCUGUGUCCCUGUGGAGAGCUGUGGCUGUCAGCAUGACGGCUUCUACUUCAAUGCCGGUGAGUCCUUCUGGACAGACAGUUGCUCCCAACGGUGUGAAUGUCAAGCACCCAAUGUCCUGAUCUGCAGUCCCUCAUCAUGCACUCCUGCACAAGAGUGCACCAUCAGAGGGGGGCAGCUAGGCUGUUAUGACGCCAUGUCUACCUGUACUGUAUGGGGUGACCCACACUACAUCACCUUCGAUGGAGCCCUAGCUCAUUUCCAGGGAUCAUGCUCUUACAUCAUCACUGAAAGCUUGAGACACAGCAACAAUGAAACUCAGUACAAAGUCGUGGCCACCAACAAGCACAGAGGAAACAAUCUUGUGUCUUUCGUGUCAUCAGUUGAUAUAUACCUCUCAAAUCCUGAUCAGAGAGUUAAUGUCAGACUUGGACCGAACAAGAGAGUGAAGGUAAAUGGAUCAGAGGUUUCUCUUCCCGCCACUGCAGGAAAUUUUGGUCAGGUGAUGAGGCAGGGAAGUUACAUAGUGUUUAAUGCUGCUGAUGUUGUAGUCCAGUUUGAUGGGUCUAGUACUUUACUGGUCAGGAUGGGUCGCAACUAUCAGAGCAGAGUCAGUGGAAUGUGUGGGAACUUCAAUGGUGAUCCCAAUGAUGACAAAGUUUUGCCCAAUGGUACUUUGGCCCAAAAUGACAAGCAAUUUGGCCACAGCUGGAAAUCAGAGACAAGCCAAGCAGGAUGUGAAUCCACUGAAGAGAGAAGUGGUGAUGGACUAAGUGACUGCCACUUCAUAGAAGAAUACACAGAACUCUGCAGAGUCAUCAACAACACCAGUGGCCCAUUCAGUUCUUGUCACCUGCAUUCUGACCCCCAACCAUUUUUCACUUCCUGUGUUUACGAUCUCUGCCUCUACACACCAGCCAAUGGCAUGCUGUGUUCUGCUGUCUCUGCUUAUGAGAAAACCUGCACCAAUUUGGGUGUAAGCAUCCCCAACUGGCGCUCUCCCUUGCGUUGUGCCGAGAUUGACCCCUGUGAACAGCUGGACUGUGGAGAGCAUGAGUGGUGUGGUAAGAAAGACGGUGUGUACAGUUGCUUUUCUGAUGAGCACUAUCCUAGACCCAACAAUGAGAGCUACGGACCUCUCUACCCAAUUUCUGGAAACACAACUCAACCAGCUCUCGAUGGAAGCUCCCCUCGGAUUGCUCUACAACAACCUUUUGUGUAUUUUGGACAAUCAUACAAUGAGAUUUACGUGAACCAUAAUGGGCAUAUAACCUUUAAUAGUCCAUGGGGGAUACACAUACCUCAAAGUUUUCCAAUGUAUGGGACCAGGGACAUAAUUGCUCCAUUCUGGACUAUAUUUGACAACAGACAAACUGGUCUGGUCUACUAUAAACAAUAUACAAGGGGCAACAUCCUCAACCAAGCAACAGAGGACAUUAAUAAUUACUUCCCACAGUUCAACUUUACUGCAAGCUGGGUGUUUGUUGCAACUUGGCAUGAAAUACCCUACUGGCUACAUAAUAAUUCACAAACAACAUUCCAGGCUGUCCUGAUCUCUGGAGGCCAAUACUCCUUUGUGCUGAUGAACUAUGGGAAUAUAUCCCCAAAUCGUUGGAACGUACAGGUUGGAUACGACACAAUUAAUUCCAUUCACUAUCUCACCGUUCCUGGAUCCUUCUCCAGUAACCCUUCAGGCAAUUACUCAGUUUUCCGCCUUAACAGUAACGUCAAUGUACCUGGUCGCUGGGCUUUCCGACUGGAUCAUGGAUCAAGAGGCUGCACUUUCAACAAUCUACCUGUUGAAUUUGGCAACUCUUUCUGGAGUGACAGCACCUGUGCACAGAAGUGCACCUGCACCACAGCAGGGCUGCAAUGCUCCAACAAUCCCUGCUCCUUCUCCCAAAUCUGUCGGCCAGCUGCCUUUCAGUACUCCUGUCAGACAGUGCAAAGACAAACCUGCACCGUCAGUGGAGAUCCACAUUACUACACCUUCGAUAACUCAGUGUUUCACUUUCAAGGCACAUGCACUUACGUUCUGUCAGAGCAGUGUCAGAACGGACUGCCCUACUACAGAGUGGAGGGGAAGAACGGGCAUCAGGGCAGCACUCAUGUUUCAUGGACAGUACUGGUCAAAGUCUUUGUUUAUGAUGAAAAUAUCGAGCUGGUGAAAGGACAUCAAAGUCAGGCCAAGGUCAAUGGAAGCUUUGCUGCAGCUCCAUUUUCCCUCAGAAACGGCUCUAUCCAGGUUUAUCAGUCAGGUUUCUCUGUGAUCGUCAGCACUGACUUUGGCCUGAUGGUGUCUUAUGACAGGUUUUUAUAUGUCCGAAUCAGUUUGCCCUACACUUACCAAAAUAGCACAUGUGGGCUCUGUGGAAACUUCAACAAUAACCCUGGAGAUGACUUUCGAACCCGUCAGGGUGAAGUGGUGAGCUCUGAUGUAGUUUUUGCCAACAGCUGGAAAGCUGCUGGUGAUGAGCCUGGCUGUGAUCCUCAUUGUUCAGGUCUGGCCUGUGCUGGCUGCACAGCAGCUCAGACAGCACUGUACAGAAACUCUGCCCACUGUGGUAUUCUUGAGAACAGCACUGGACCGUUUGCUGCAUGCCAUCAACAACUUCCUCCUAGAUCUUUUGUGGACAGCUGUGUGUAUGAUCUCUGUGUCAGUGGAGGGUAUCAACCCAUUCUGUGCCAAGCCCUAAAUGUCUACUCAAGCCAGUGUCAACAAAAUGGGAUCCAGCCACAAAGUUGGCGGAGUUCUGGCUUCUGUGAAAUUCCCUGCCCAGGAAAUAGCCACUAUGAGGCCCAGGGUACAGGAUGUCCAUCUACAUGUGUCAACCCCAAUUCCACCAACAACUGCCCCCUCCCAAACCAAGAGAGCUGUGUCUGCAAUUCAGGCUACCUCCUGAGUGGAGGGGCCUGUGUCCCUCAUUCUGACUGUGGUUGCAGCUUUGAGGGUCGCUACUACCACUCAGGAGAAACUGUCAUACUGGAUGCAGACUGUAGGAGGCGCUGUACAUGCAGCUAUGGCUCCAUGACUUGCAGCUCUCACAGCUGUGGCCAACAUGAGUCCUGCAGGGUGGAGUAUGGAGUAAGAGGGUGCAGACCAAACAGCUUUGCAACAUGUUGGAUAAGAGGACUAGGAUCGUAUCAUACAUUUGAUGGAGUGAUGUACCAGUACCCAGGAGCAUGUCGCCUGAUCCUUGCCAAAGUUAUGAGGUUCUCUAAUCAUUCGCACUUCAUGGUCACUGUGGAAAAAGUUCCUCAGGGGCCACAGGGUUUCUCUAAUGUGCUAAGGUUUGAGGCAGAGGGAACACAAGUUGCUAUUGAGAUGGCAAGUAGAAGCACUGUGAAGGUUGAUGGCCAACUGACCAGACUGCCAUUCAGCUCUGGAUCCAACAGAAUCCGCAUCUUCCAAAGCAGCACUCACAGUGUCAUCCUUCGCACAGCCUUUGGUGUAACUCUGCAGACUGUUUGGCCUCAUUUUGUGCGUGUCACUGCACCAGGUGUCUACAGUGGUUUAUUAGGUGGACUUUGUGGAAAUUACAAUGCUGACCAGAAUGACGACUUCCGUACACCCAAUGGUACUCUAGUCAGUGACUCCCAGAUGUUUGGGGACAGUUGGCGAGAUGGCUCCCUGGCAGAUCACUGUGUGGAAAACAGACCUCGUAAUUCUGUAACCAAUUUCAGUUCCAGUGAGUACUGUGGAGUUCUUACUUCACACAUUGGACCAUUUAGAUCAUGCUGGGCUGCAGUGAACCCAUGGCAGCAGGUAAAUGCAUGUGUAGAAAUCCUCCAAGGCUCCAGAGAUCCAGCAUCAACGCUGUGUGAGGUCCUCCGAGAUUAUGCACUGAUGUGUCAACAUAACGGUGUGUCCCUGGGACAGUGGAGGAAUGCAACUGGCUGUGUACCAACCUGUCCAUCAAACAGUCAUUAUGAACUCUGUGGAAGUUCAUGUCCGUCUUCCUGCCCCAGCCUCUCCUUCCCCUUCACCUGUGACACUCAGUGCCAGGAGGGGUGCCAGUGUAAUGACGGGUUUGUCCUCAAUGGUAACCAGUGUGUGCCUCCAACAUCCUGUGGAUGCUUUCAUGAUGGACGUUAUCGGCAAGCUGGUGAACAGUUCUGGUAUGGUGAAGAAUGUCAGAGCUUUUGCACCUGUAAUGGUGUAACUGGUGUAGUCCAAUGUUCCCCAAAUUCAUGCGGACCUCAGGAGUCCUGCCAUGUUGUGGGGGGUGAGUUUGGCUGUCAUCCCAACCCUCAUGGCACCUGUUCUGCCUCUGGAGACCCUCACUACCUGACCUUUGAUGGCAAGGCCUAUGACUUCCAGGGAACCUGCCGCUAUGUUCUGGCAACAGUUUGCAAUAACACUGUGGACCUUCGCCAGUUUUCUGUGAAAGCAAAGAAUGAACCGUGGUUUGGACUGCCAGUUUCUAUCACGGCUGAAGUUUUUGUUGAUGUCUUGGGCUAUGAAGUGCGUAUGUACAGAGGCAACUGGGGUACCGUGCAGGUGAAUGGAAUCACAAGAAAUCUUCCAAUUGUCCUCAACGGAAGCCUGUCUAUUUUUGGAAGUGGAUCUCAAACAUUAGUCAAUGCAGACUUUGGACUAAGAGUCAUGUAUGAUGGAAGUAGCACAGUGUCCAUUUCAGUGCCCCCAAGCUACAGAGGACAUGUGUGUGGACUUUGUGGAAACUUCAAUGGAAAUCCAAAUGAUGAUUUCCACACUCCAAGUGGAGCAUCAUCCAACUCAGCAGUUGCUUUUGGGGCAGCUUGGAAGGUUCCUCGGAACUACACCUGUAGUGACGGCUGUGGCUCUUCAUGUGCACAAUGCAACGAUGACCGAUCUGCCAGGGCCCAGUGUGAGGUGAUCCGGGCAGCUGAUGGCCCAUUCAGCUUCUGCCACGAGGAGGUGGAUCCAGCACCAUAUUUCAGAGACUGCGUCUUUGAUGUCUGCGUGUCGGGAAAUCGAGGCAGUGAUCUCCUGUGCAGGGCUCUAGAGACAUACGUCAGUGCCUGUCAGUCUGCUAAUGUCCGGAUCUACCCUUGGAGACAAAACACCACUUGCCGAAUGGUCUGCCCAGCCAACAGCCAUUAUGAGCUGUGUGGAACAGACUGUGGCAACACCUGUGCCAGCAGCAUUGAUGCUGCCUGUGACCAUGUUUGCUCUGAGGGAUGUUUUUGUAAUGAAGGGUUUUCCAGGAGUGGAACAAGCUGUGUCCCUGUGGAGAGCUGUGGCUGUCAGCAUGGUGGCUUCUACUUCAAUGCUGGUGAGUCCUUCUGGACAGACGGUUGCUCCCAACAGUGUGACUGUCAUGCACCCAAUGUCCUGAUCUGCAGUCCCUCAUCAUGCACUCCUGCACAAGAGUGCACCAUCAGAGGGGGGCAGCUAGGCUGUCACGACGCCAUGUCUACCUGUACUGUAUGGGGUGACCCACAUUACAUCACCUUCGAUGGAGCUGUGUCUCAUUUUCAGGGAUCAUGCUCUUAUGUCAUCACUGAGAGUUUGAACCACAGCAACAAUGACACUGAGUUCAAAGUCGUGGCCACCAACAAGCACAGAGGAAACAAUCUUGUGUCUUUUGUGUCAUCAGUUGAUAUAUACCUCUCAAAUCAUCCAGAGAGUGUUCAUGUCAGGCUCGGAUCUAACAAGAGAGUGAAGGUAAAUGGAGGUGAGGUUUCUCUUCCCACCACUGCAGGAACUUUUGGUCAGUUGAUGAGGCAGGGAAGUUACGUAGUGUUUGAUGCUGCUGAUGUCAUAGUCCAGUUUGAUGGCUCUAGUACUUUACUGGUCAGGAUGGGUCGUAACUAUCAGAACAAAGUCAGUGGAAUGUGUGGGAACUUCAAUGGUGAUCCCAAUGAUGACAAAGUUUUGCCCAAUGGUACAUUGGCGGAAAAUGACAACCAAUUUGGCCACAGCUGGAAAUCAGAGACAAGCCAAGCAGGGUGUGGAUCCACUGAUGAGAGAAGUGAUGGACUAAGUGACUGCCGCUUCAUAGAAGAAUACACAGAACUGUGCAGAGUCAUCACCAACACCAGUGGCCCAUUCAGUUCUUGUCACCUGCAUUCUGACCCACAACCAUUUUUCAGUUCCUGUGUUUAUGAUCUCUGCCUCUACACGUCCACCAAUGGCAUGCUGUGUUCUGCUGUCUCUGCUUAUGAGAAAACCUGCACCGUCUUGGGUCUAAGCAUCCCCGACUGGCGCUCUCCUUUGAAUUGUGCUGAGACUGACCCCUGUGAACAGCUGGAUUGUGUGGAGUAUGAGUGGUGUGGUAAGAAAGAUGGUGUAUACGGCUGCUUCUGUGAUGAGCACUACAAUAGAUACAACGAUGAGAGCUACGAUGCAAACGUUGAAUGCUCCAGCAGUUCUGGCACCAUGUCAAUAUCUCGCUGCAAGCUCUUUGAAGCGGGCUUCCACUCCAGUGCUCUCCAUCUCCGAGACAGCUCCUGCAAUGGGACUCUUCAGAACGGACGACUCAUCUUUCACUUUGACAAUGACAACCAUCUGUGUGGUACAACCCUUAUGAGAAAUGGAACUCACUUCAUGUAUGAGAACAAUAUUCAGGGCAAUGCGACCAACCAUCAGAGGAAUCUUCAUCUGCGUUUCUCCUGUGUUUACCCUCUGGCUCAGGCUCUCUCAAUGGUUGUGGACAUCAACCCUGUGGAGAGCAUUCUGAGGAAGAAGCUUCCUAUUGGCACGGGGUCGUAUCGUAUGAGGAUGAUCCCCUAUGAGGACGAAGGUUUCCACUCCCCCUUCAGCGCUAAUGGACACAUAGAAAUGGAUGUUGAUGAGAUGUUUUUCUUGGAGGUGCGAACAGAAGGGGUGGAUCAGAGCCAAUUUGCCACAGUUCUGGACUCUUGCUGGGCCACGCCAGUCAACCAAGCAAACUAUCCUGUCCGCUGGGAUCUGAUUACAGCACAGUGUCCUAAUCCAGAUGAUGGAACCGUAGAGGUGAUUCAGAACGGUGUCUCCACUGUGUCUCGUUUCUCCUUCAGGAUGUUCACCUUCACCAACCACACACAGAUUUUCUUGCACUGCAAUGUCCACUUGUGUCUUUUGAGAAGCAACAACUGCAGAGCUCACUGCAACCCGGAUCACCACAUUCUAAUCCGGAGGGACAUAUCUUACCAUGACUCUGGAGCUCUGUCAAUUGGACCACUGGUACUCGGGGCACAACCAAACACUGGUGGACUAAUCCAAAGAAACAGUGCUGUGGGUCAUCUGACAUCAAUUGUUACCCUGAUUGUCAGUUUGCUGAUGACUGGAAUUCUGGUCAAUUGAUAAAGAAUAAUCACACUCUAAGAACAAGUAAAAUUUUGUUACUUAUGAUUUAUGUUGAUGGGAGGUGUUUUCUGGGUUUUGGUUUGUACUCGUAAUUAUGCAAAGUAAAUGUGCUUUUCUAAUAUCUGGGGCACCGUUGUGCUUUAGACCAUUUGUGAGACUAAAGCAAUGUUUGUUUUUUCUGUGGAAUUUUUAUCAUUAACUGUUGGCAAUAUCCGAUUGUAAAAUAUAAAUUGUGUGCUUGGAUAAAACUAAGGAUAUAUAUAUAUAUACAGCUAAUUAAUUUUUACAGGAAAGAGCUUAACUUGUCAAACUGAAUGAAAUUAAGAAGAAUUUUCUCAUUGUUUAAAUUAUAUUUAAGGAUUUUUUGUGUGGUGGGAAAAUAUUCAAUUAAAAAAGGGGAUUAAUAAAGAAUAUAGAUAAAGCCUUUCAUGCUUUUUCCUGUUGAUAAAAGCCUUAAUAAAGUCUAUGUUUUGGAUCUGA